AUGGAAACCGACAGUGAUCCAAACGCAAACCCACCCAAAAGGCAGAUUUUUAUACUCUCCGGUCAAAGCAACAUGGCCGGUCGUGGCGGUGUAAUCAAGAAUCCCCACCACACUCCCAACAAGCGAUGGAACGGAGUCGUUCCACCAGAGUGCAGUCCCGACCCUUCGAUCCUCCGUUUCAGCGCCGCCCUCAAAUGGGAACAAGCACACGAACCCCUCCAUAUCGACAUUGACACCAAGAAAGUCUGUGGCAUAGGUCCAGGCAUGGUGUUCGCCAACGCAAUACGGAAGUGUGUACCCGGCGAGUUAGGUCUCGUCCCCUGCGCUGUUGGCGGCACUGCAAUAAAGGAAUGGGCACGCGGGGAGGAGUUCUACGAAAACAUGGUGAAGAGAGUCAAAGAAAGCUUAAAGGGAGACGAAAAUGCAGAGAUCAAAGCGUUGUUGUGGUUCCAAGGAGAGAGUGACACAUUGAAUGAAGUUGACGCAGAGGCUUACAGAGUCAACAUGGAGAAUCUCAUCCACAAUGUUCGUCAAGAUCUAAAUUUGCCAUCGCUUCCAAUCAUUCAGGUUGCAUUAGCAUCAGGGUUUGAAUACAUUGAGAAAGUGAGAGAAGCGCAGAAAGCUAUUAAUGUUCCGAAUGUGAUUUGUAUUGAUGCAAAGGGAUUGCAAUUGAGGGAAGAUAAUCUCCACUUGAACACAGAAUCUCAGAUUAAAUUGGGCCACAUGCUAGCUGAGGCUUUUGUUACUGUUUAUCAGAAAAUUAACAGUUGA